AUGCAAUAUCUGGUCGCUAUCGUGAUCAUAGGAAUGGAUCAACAUAUGAUGACCGCUCGUUCUUCCCUCACAACUCGUGGAUACAUUGACCAGCUGAAGAAUUUGAAGACAAAUCUCGAAAAUGCACUCCCGCAGCAGUGCGAAGUCUACUUCCAGCACGACAACACUCAGUCACACAUCGGAAAAACGACUAAGGCUGAACUGAAGAAGUUCUUCUGGACCAUUUCACCACACCCACCGUAUUCCCCAGAUCUGGCUCUCUCGGAUUACCACCUUUUUUCUUAUCUCCAACGUCAUCUGGAUGGUGAAGACUUCGAAACCUGCGACGACAUCAAAAAGGCACUCGAGCAGUUCUUCAGGAAGCCGUUCCCAGCGUUCUGGAGCAAGGGCACCUACGACUUGCCUAAACGUUGGCAGAAGACCAUCGAUGCCAAUGGGGCAUACUUCAAAUGA